AUGUCAUUGCCUGCAUUCCGCCCUCGAAAAUAUUACUGUACUGAUGCUAAAGUUACAGCUUGCUGUCGUGGCUUUAAGACCUUGGGUGGAUACCAACAACACCGCAAUGCGCUACACAUCGAGCCUCCCCAGCCUACUCGUCCACGCCAGCAUACUUUUUCGGAAUGCAAGUCUGAUGCUGCGAUGGAGACUGGACAUAGUGACAAUGAGGAUACAUACAGAGGAUCCUACUAUUGUCAACAUCCUGUUCUCGAUGGUUCACCGUGUGAUGCUGUGGGUAACUAUCUACUAUCUGAUGGCGAUCCUCCCAUCCUUGACCCGCCUGCUGAGGAUAAUCCAUGGGCUCCCUUCCAGUCACUGUCUUUGAAGGAGUUUAAUGGCAAGCCUCCAUUUCAUAGUGACACCCACAUUUAUGAUACUAUCGAUGCCAUCUCUUUGGGCAAUAUAUCAUGGCAAUCUCUCUCACUUAAGCAUGCUGAAUUCGAGACUGCAUCACCUGAUGAUGCACUGUGGAAGUGUAGCGAGUAUGAGCUUGCCAACCCUGAUUUCGUAAAUGAUAUUGACUACUCAGCUCAGCAGGUAUUUGGAGAGCAGGGUCAGCAUGUAUGGUCGGAUUUAAUGACAGGUAAUUGGGCUUGGGAUCAGUCUGCAACUGAAGAUCCUGACUGUUGUGGCGCAAUGUUUGUCCCCAUCAUCCUUGGGAGUGACAAGACUACAGUCUCCAUGGCAACUGGCCAGAAUGACUUCUAUCCACUCUACAUCUCUGCUGGGAACCUCCGCAAUAAUGUUCGUCGUGCACACAAGGAGUCCGUGAGCCUCGUGGGGUUCCUUUCAAUCCCCAAGACUGAGCGAGAUCAUGAAAAUAGUGUGGAAUUCCGGAAUUUCCAACGACAUAUAUUUCAUGCCUCGUUACAAGCCAUUUUAGAGGCUUUCCGUCCUGCAAUGGAGAAACCAGAGGUUGUAAAGUGUGCGGAUGGUCACUUUAGACAUGUUGUGUAUGGUCUCGGUCCAUAUAUCGCCAAUUAUCCUGAACAGUGCCUGCUUGCCUGCAUAAUUCAGAGGUGGUGUGCACGAUGUACUGCUGAUAGGCAGGAUUUAGAUUGCUUGGCCUCUGGUCGGCGAUUGCACCAACAUACAAAAGCUCUAAUGCAUGGUUAUUCAGUGAGCGAGCUCAAGGAUGGCUGGGGUAUUCUCGGUAGCAUCCUGCCAUUCACAGCAUACUUUCAGCGUGCAGACAUCCACGAUCUUCUUGCUCCGGAUAUCCUGCAUCAAAUUGUUAAAGGGACCUUUAAAGACCAUAUCGUGGAUUGGAUUGGUCAGUAUCUUAUUAUCAUUCAUGGAGAAGCAGGGGCAGAACGAAUAUGGGCAGAUAUUGAUCGCCGCAUUGCUGCAGUACCUGCAUUUCCGGGUCUGCAUCAUUUUCCUCAAGGUCGAAAAUUCAAACAAUGGACAGGUGACGACUCAAAAGCUUUGAUGAAGGUAUUUUUACCAGCUAUCACGGGACAUGUUCCCGACAAGAUGCUUAGAGCUCUUUACCACUUUCUUGACUUCUGCUAUUUGGUCCGUCGCUCAAGUCUCGACGAAGCCAAUCUAGAUGCCAUGGAUAAGGCCCUGCAUACCUUUCACGAGGAGCGUCACGUCUUCAAGGAUGUCGGUGUCACUCCAGAUGGAAUCUCUCUACCCCAACAACAUUUUUUAUGUCAUUACCGUUAUCUAACACAGCAGUUCGGUGCUCCCAAUGGAUUAUGUUCCUCUCUCACAGAAUGCUCAAGUGGCUACUUACCCCUUGGUCAAAUGCUGGUAAACAACCAACAGCUCGACAAACUCGCAUCAUUCCGAGCAGAGAAAACUGCUGCAGGUCUACUUGAUCAACCUUUACUCCCACCUGAUGCUGUUGCGGAUGAUGACAAUGAGGCUCAGGUCAUUGCACAAUUAGCGAAGAGACGAGCGCAUGGUUAUCCACAACAGCUCCAGGCGAUUGGUGAACAUAUUGGCAUUCCUCAUUUUUGUGACCUUCGCAAUCCUGAUCAUGCUAUACCCGUGCAUGAAAUGGAUGUAUCACAAUGCCCGAACUUUAACGGCAAGGUGGAUGUUUUUCAUUCCGCAGUUGCAUCGUUUCAUGCUGCUAGUGACAGUUGCGGAGUUAAUGGCAUGAUGUGUCAUGCCUUCCGUGCUGCACCUAACUGGCGUGGUGGAUUUCAGGGUCUCUAUGUCGCACAGGUCAUCCUCUUAUUCUCAUUCACCUUUCGAGGUGUACUGUAUCCUUGUGCACUCAUUCACUGGUUUUUGACCAUUGGCAAUCAACCAUGCCCUGAAACUGGUAUGUGGAUGGUCAAGCCAGAACUCGACGCCGACACACACUUGAUCCCCGUUUACGGUUCACAUUUACUUCCUCAUGAUAUCACUCAUUCGGAUUCUUUGAUGGCAUUUGAAGCAUUCUACAUAAACAAGUAUUCGGAUUAUCAUGUGUUUGAAAUUGCGUUUUGA